GCAAUUGGUGUAAUCAUCCCAGCUCCUAGUGGGACUGUAAACAAAGAAUUCUUUCCAGCCUUUAAUUUGUGUUGCUAUAAAAUUGAAAUUAAAAAGAAGAUCUUUACCAAUCCCACUGUCUGAGUUAUUACAAUGGCAAGUUCAAUGUCAAGCAUGAUUGGGCACGAGGGUAUCAAGGCAAGUCCCAGAAUACCAACGACUCCUGGAGGUUUGUCCUGGAAUCCGAUUUCCAGUGUCACUCUCUCAAAGUGGAAGAAUGAGAUCAGUUUCUUGGGAGUUGACUUUCAUCAAAUUAAUCGAAGGAAAUCGUUUCGGGUGUCCUCUAAUACUGUGCCAGGAGGUCCACCCCCUUCAGGCCCACCUUCUUCAAAUUCCAUCAGGAGGGGGAUUCUUGGAUUGGUAGUGUCUUUCAUUCUUCCUUUCUUCACCAACAUAUGGGCUCCAUUAGGGGUUUUCAAACACAGAAUUGAAAGUGCAGUUCAGACAGUGGAGAACAUAGUUGAAGCUGUGGAGGAAGUGGCCGGAAAAGUAGACAAGAUUGCAGAAGAGAUAAUCGAUGAUCUUCCACAAGGCAAGAUAAGAGAUCUUGUCGAAUUUGUUGAAGAUGCUGCAGAAGCAACAGCCAAGACUGCUGAUAGCCUCGACGAUGUCAUAGACAAGGUUCAGGAAGUUGGAGAUCAUGUAGAUGACAUUGUUCAAUCUGCCGUUGAAGAUGCCAAGAUUUCUCCUGUUGGAUCAAAUUAGUUAUCCUUCACAUCCUUUAACGACUCUUCUUUAAAUGAAAGCCAUUAAUUUUCUUUUCCUAAUUUCUUAUUUUUCCCACAGUUCAUGUGAAGCAAAAAUAUAAACUAAGUCCAAUAGUGCAUGGGCUAAAAUGAAAUUUUUAAAAAAAUAAAAAAAUCAAAAGGGUUUAAAGGGCCUUUUUGGACUUCUAAGCCAAUAAA